AUGGAAGUGUUAUCAUCUUUGUUGCCUGUUUGGGAAGAGCUACAAAGAAGCAAACGCUUCACUAAUUACUUCAUUUCUCUCCUUUUCCUCCUUUUACUUCUCUUCCUUUCUCUUCGCUUCACAUUUUUUCUGGCUAGACCACAAACCAAACUUAAAUCACCUCCAUCCCCACCAAAGCUACCCAUUAUUGGAAACCUUCACCAGUUAGGUAACCUUCCUCACCGAUCUUUCCAAGCACUCUCUCAAAAAUAUGGUCCUCUAAUGCUCUUAAACUUGGGCUACACUCCAACUCUCAUGGUUUCUUCUGCAGAUAUGGUUAACGAAAUAAUCCAUGAUAUCAUUUUCGCCAAUCGGCCCAAAUCCAUGGCUGCUGAUAUUUUCUUUUAUGGAGGUUUGGACUUUGCUUUUGUACCAUACAGUGAGUACUGGAGGCAAGCUAAGAAAAUAUGUGUUGUCAAACUUUUGAGCUUGAAAAGAGUGCAAUCUUUCGAAUUUAUCAGGGAAGAAGAAACUGCAGGAUUAGUUCGCAAGUUACGCAAUGCGAGCUCAAGUGGGUUUACAGUGAACUUAAGCUAGAUGCUGAGUGAAAUUUCAAGUAACGUAAUUUCGAGAUGUAUUCUUGGCAGAAAUGCCAAGAACACAAAACUAGAAGCGCGUUUGAAGAGCUCUCAAGUCAACUUUCAACUUGAUGGAUGGAUGGACGUAGUUACAAGCAUGGUUUCAAGCCUCAAGUCAACUUUAAGAGAAUUAGACAUUCUUCUUGAAAAGAUAAUUGAAGAUCAUAAGCCUGCUUUGAGUGGUAAGGAUGAACAAUCCUCGGAUCACAAGGACAUAGUGGAUGUUCUCCUCUUCCUUCAAAAAGAUGGCAUUCCUAACAUGGAACUUACUAAUGACAACAUCAAAGCCAUUUUGAUGGCAACAUGUCUUGUUUGUGGAAGUGAUACUGACUCAAUAACAAUGGAAUGGGCAAUGGCAGAGCUUAUAAGAAAUGAAAGUAUGAUGAAGAAAGCGCAAGAAGAGGUAAGAAGGGUGGUAGGGGAAAAAUCAAACAUAGAUGUGAAUGAUAUUAAUCAAAUGGAUUAUCUAAAAUGUGUGAUCAAAGAAACUCUAAGGCUACAUCCAGCGGCGGGUUUGCUGAUUCUUAGAGAAACAUCAGAAAGCGUGAAAUUGGGUGGCUAUGAUAUUCCUCCUAAAACCAGAGUUAUUUUCAAUACAUGGGCAAUCCAAAAGGAUCCUAAUUUUUGGGAUAGACUCGAAGAGUUUGUCCCUAAGAGAUUUGAGAACAACCAAGUUGAUUUCAAAUGCCAAGAUUUUCAAUUUGUUCCAUUUGGUGUUGGAAGAAGAGGAUGUCUUGGUUUGACAUUUGCGGUGUUCCUGGUUGAGUAUGUGAUGGCCAACCUUUUAUAUUGGUUUGAUUGGAAGCUGCAUGAUGAGAAUAAUGAAACACCAAAUAAUUUGGACAUGAAUGAGACUGCAGGGCUCAUUACACAUAAGAAAAAACCUCUUGUUGUAGUACCAAUACCAAUUACCUAA